UACAUCCAGCUUCCGCUUCCGGUCCGGCAGACGAUCAUUUCAAAACCGAAAAUGGCGGGCAACGACGGACCCACCCUAAAUUGCGAAACCAUUGAAGAAUAUCAGAAGGAUCCGCGCAUCGCCUGUAAAUAUGGUGCCAAAUGUUACCAGAAGAACUCGGUUCACAUAAACAAAUACAAACACCCGCCACAUGUCAAAGACACCAAAGCCACCAAGAGGAGAGGGGCCAAACGUCCCAACAAAGUCGCUCUGCCUCCACAGAGUGACAGCGACGGUCCAGACGACGGCCACGUCUCAGACGCUGCGUCGGGAACCGGGUCCCCGAAGAGGAAGGCUCCCAAGCUGAAAGCAGCCAGUGACAACGAGGAGGACCAGAGCGGUGCAGGGCCAUCGCAGGAUGCCGCCUCAACAGUCACCGUCGAUGUUCAUUCAUUUGACAGCGAGCCUGAACUGCCACCGUCACCAAGUGACAUCAAGCAGAGUAUUAAGCAAAAGUUUCUGGUUGAAAUGCCUGAAGACUUUUAUCUGUUCUGGGACUUUUGUGAAUCUGUCAAUGGAUCCAAUCCUGCACUUGCCUUCAAGGACCUAGGCCUCAGAUUAGUUGGGCCAUUUGAUGUUCUCUCCAGCCAUUUUAAACUAGACAGUAGUCAACGUAAACAAUCAUUAUUCUUAUUGCAUUGGCGAUAUUACUAUGAUCCACCAGGAUUCCAGACUGUUCUUAAAGGAGAUGACACCAAACAGUUCCAUAUUGGAUACUUCAGGGAUGAUCCAAAAUCUAUGCCUGCUUUCCUUGCCAGCAAUUGUGCUGCAAAGGAUGGAGUGUUCACUCAGGUUGCUGAAAAUAUAUUUGGAGCAGUGAAUGCCUAUUUGAAUGACUUGAAAAAAGCGUCCAAUCCAUUUCUCCAGUCCAAAAUUGCCAGACUUCAAAAGUCUUUACAGGAUUAUGCGAAAGGGAGUGACAUUACCUUGGAUACCAAAACUCAGGCUAUGAGGUUGAGGGAUCGUAAAUCAGUGUCAAAAACUUUUAAUGGAUUGGGCCUUGUGGUUCCCGUUGAGAAGAGGACUGAAAUUGGUUACCGGGAAUUAAUAGAAACAGAUGUAAAUCUGAAACGAAUCUUGAAGAGAAUUGCUGAGGCUGAGAGGCAGGAUGUGAAAGAUAAAGGCCUCGACCAAUUGCAGCAAGUGAUUACUGCUGCAAACAUAGCGAAUGAUGAAUGUGAUUUUGGUACCAGUGUAGAACUUGGGCUGGAUCUCUUUGCAUUUGGCGGACCGGAGUUUGAUCAGUCUGCCCUCCAACUUCUUACUACUGGUUAUACGCUUCUUGGUCGGCCUGAGUUUGCCAAAAUUGCCAGGGUUCAUAUCAACAAUAGACAGAAAGGUGUCAAGUUGGACAUGUUUUCAUCAUAACUCUUGGUGCUGUUAAAUUUUUUAAAUGAAGAUCAUAAUUAUCAUCUUUUUAAUUUACCUGUAAUUUAUUUUAUUUUUCAUCUUUUCAUUUCUCAAAAUAAAGAUUUGGUGUGAGAGCCUUUCAGAAUUUAGA